AUGGAAGACAGAAAGGUGUGGUUUGCGGUCAACGGGUCCGAGCCCAAGUUUGGCUUCGGCGAGCUGCCCAGCAAGGUGUACCCGACGGUCAGCAUACGCGCCCCCGCAGUGCUCGCGUUCCACUUCCGCGCCGGCAGCUGGGGGGACGCCGGGCCCGGCCCGGAGUAG